AUGACUGGAGCGGAGGUUGCGGGCUUGGCUUUGGCCGUCUUACCUCUGGUGGUCAAUCAGUUGGACAACUACGUCCGUGGGUUGGAGAGUAUCAAAGGACUGCGACGAUACCGACGGGAGUUGGAGGGGUAUUCCAGCACGUUAAGCGCCCAGUAUGCCAUUUUCCUCAACACCCUUGAGAUCUUCCUACAGGAUGUCGUCGACGACCACGAUGAUCGAUCAGAGCUGAUCAGCAAACCGGGUGGCCCUGGGUGGAAAGAUGCGCAAUUCCAGAGGAGGAUGUCUGAGAGGCUGGGUCGGGACUACAAUGUCUUCACGGGGACUCUGACGGGCCUCUGCGGCCUUCUAGAGGGGCUUUCCAACAAACUCGACCGGUAUACACCUGACUACUCGAAGGCUGCGGCGAUCAAGUCAUUAUGCAAAAUAAAAUUCCGCAACAUACUGUCCAAAGCGAUCUAUGAAGAUAUGCUAAACAGGAUCGACAAAGCGAACCAGAUUCUCAAAACCCUGAGCGAUCAGUCACAUCAACUGGCUCAAACCAGAUCAGGUCCAGCCCGGUUGGAAGGCAGCCUGAGAGGCCAUCAAGAGACCCGGCGGAAUGCACGAGCUUUACAGGAUCGUGUGGUGCAGGACCAAGGCCUGAAAUCCCCAUGCAGAAACGAUCACACAGUCUGUUGCCGGCGUGAUACGACCAUCCAGGGAUCCCGCGGUAUCCAAUCCAACCUUAGACCGGCUAGAACUCACGAGGAAGUCGGCGGAGUGGGACAGGAUGCACAGAGUUUGAAGGAACUGUUUCAUCAUGAACCAGUAACUCCCUACAACAUCAGAGAGAGUUAUCGUGCAUCAGCCGGGGCAAACAGUCCUUCGGUCAUGGACACUCUCACGACUAACUUUGCAGAAAUGGGGACACGUUUUCUAACCCAGGAAUCCCGCGGCCUAAAGAGUGAUAUCUUUGAAAGUCAUAAUCAUUACUCAGCAAGCCCUCACAGGCAUCACCAGCAUAAUCUAUAUCCAGUGCCUGGGUAUAGUCCACCAGACUUGACUCCCAUGCAUAAUCCUAAGGCGCAUCAAAGUGCCAGUGGCCACCUGAUAUAUCCUCCUAUAUCUAGAGUAGGUUCAGGCCAUGCAAGAACAUACAGCACAUCUGAACAGAGCAGCCUUUUAUUUAAGGCCCUACAAAAUCAGAAGGCUUACGGUAUCCGCGGAGAAUCAUAUGAGGUGUAUAGCCUCCCUCUUGAUUUCCGCUACCAAGUUCAGAUAUCUCCUGGGGAGUUCUUUGUUGUUGGAAGGGUCUUCGCAAUGCUCUGGCACGACGGCAGAGGACAACAAGAAACUGUAAUCUCAGACUUCAUCAGCAAGAGCAAUUUCACCCGAGGCAGAUUUGGAGAGAAGAUUUUCAGUGGUAUUCGGCACAUGGUGGUUGUUAAAGCAAUGAGCGAAAGUGCCUGGUGUUUGCCCAUCACCACCUACGGUGGCCAAGGAGUGGCUAAGCCAGGCGUUGACCCAGCAAAACAUGCCAUUGUAUAUAUGCGGGGAUCUACGCCGACCUGCAGGGCUAAUGAGCCAGAAAUGAUCAAGGAACCCUUAGAGGUUGAACCAGCAAGCCCUAAUGAGAAGCUUGAUAAGAUACAUCGUCUUAAUUUCGGCAAGGUCUACACUGUUGAACAUAAUGUCAAAGUACGACCUAUUGGGAUGAUAUCCUGUGGCUCAAUGGCCAAAUUCAGAGGCUAUGCGAGUAAUGAAUUUAGACUCGACAUUUGA